AUGGUGCGCGCAGGUUCACGAGCCCCUUCGGUGGGGCAGAGUUCCGCAGCAAAGAUCCGUGAUCGACGCAAGAAGACCUACAAGGUCCAACUCGAACACGUUAGGACCAAGAAGAAGAAACUCAAACUCCAUGUCCGUCGUCUUGCUACUCUUAUGUCAAGCUCCUUUACUGAACCAUCUCAACUCAGNGAUAUCCAAGGCUCUGCAGUCCCAAAAGAAGGCUACACCUUUCUCCCUGUUGGCUACGCCGAUCUAGCCGAGCGUUGUAAAGAAAAAUCAAGACAACUAGGCGUCGACGUAGCUGUUGUCUCCGUGCGUAUCUUCAUCUCAAGCUGGAUCCUUCACAAAGCAUUCCUUCGUAAAAUCAGCUCUCCUUCUAACCAUACACUCAGNGCUGGCACGAGACGCACUGGACCUGCCGAUCCUCAAAAGCUUACCCACCACGUACAUCGCGUUGGUUAUCAUUUCCGUUCCGACAUCUUUGACCAGGCCUGCAACUUCCUGGGCUACCGUGAGGUCAACGGUAAGCUAAUACGCGACACUGGUUUCGAUACCACUUCUCGAUUUGAGCGGACAAUUGCACGUUUUGCACCUCGCCUCGAGCUCAACGCCAACAAUCGAUCGACCGACCAGAGCACUAAAGUCAAAGAAUACAUACGUGAACUCUUCCCGAAGAUCCCCGAAGAAGACCUCGAAGAAAUCUACAAGCGCGCAUGGGAGCAGGGCACCACGACUGUAGGUAAUGCAUCUGACUUGUCGCUGUCUAGACAGGUACAACUGGCCACGAUCGCUCGCAUCAGGCACACGUACACCGACUAUGAUAAGCUGCUCAAAUUAGUCAGCUGGAAGGAAGCUCGCCAGAUCGUCGAGCCCAUGUCACUCACAAAGCUGAUUGAGUGGCGUGGAGAGAACGACAAUGACACUGAGGACUUCGAAGAAAUCCUUCGAGAGACCAUUGUCAUCGAUGACGAUGACGAGCUCGAUGACGCUGAUAGUGAUACCGACAGUAACGGUGCUGCUUCAGGGGAUGAUGGUAGUGAUACCAGCCUGGAGAUUUUGCAACAGACUCUGGCUCCCAAAGACCUCAAUGUUGGAGUUGGCGAGAGGAUACGCAAUGCUGUUACAUCUGUAGGCCGCACAGCUGGUAGAGCUUUGCCCGCUGCGGUCCAGACACGCUGGCACAAUGCUCGUAUGCAACAGCAGCGUGCGGACCAGGCUGUUAUGCCUCACGGCCAUGGUGGCCAGAUCUCUGUCUCUCUCGAUCAAGGAGGUAAUGUUCCGCGUAAGGUUGUCUCGGAUGGGGUCGAGUAUGUACGGGUAAGUUCAUUCGCUUUCCUUGUCAUCACGUCAUCGAAUAGACCAUAUAACUUUGCACCUAGNAUCUCGUCGAGUCCGGAGCCCGAGAAGGAGCAAUAUCUCCAGCGCAGCAUGCCUGGUGCGUGGCCUAAAAGUGGCACUAUUUCUGCUCUUGAGUACCGUCAAGCCCCAGUGACUCACGGUCAUCAUGUCACUCAGGAAAUCUCGACCUCCAGAGCGCCACAGCGCGCCGCUCUGGGUCGCCCUCCCAAUGAUUUGCCUAUGUGGGAUCGUCUCGAAAGACGCCCCAUGUACCCAACACUCGGGGCACCCGUCAUUGAUCUAACAACCCCUCCCACUUUAAGGNNGGGAGGGUAUGGAGAUAGAAUCUCAUACACAGGCCCUCCAGAAUUUGGAUAUCGCGCACAUGAACAACCUGCGCAUGUUGCCGCUCCAAGGGGAGUGCCCCAUCGCAACGUGUACAGGCCAGGUAUGGCUGAUGAUGAUGUGAUCUACGCUGGAGCACAAACCAGACCACAAGGUCGCCGCUAUGAGUCGUACAACUAUGGUGGCAUUCCUGAACGUGUUGAGGUGGUCAAGCCGGAGGACUACCCUAUUCCUUCUCGCGAAGAACCUCACCCUGGAUAUCCUAUGUUGGAUCCGAAGGAAGUGAAUAUGAGAGCUCCUGUGACUAACCUCCAGACAAGAUCUGUACAACAUCAACCUGUGUUUGGUCAGCCUGCAUAUCCUCAGAUGAGAUCGCAGACAGUGGCAAUGCAGGUGGUGCCUCGCCCAGUGCAUGGCGCACCAGCUGCAGUACAGCCAAUGCCAACACAUGAGAGAGCACCCUCUGUGGGCCAGGCAGCACCAGCCUUUGGCGCACCAUCUCCUCAGAGGUUCUUUGUGGGCAGCAGUCAUCAGCCAUACUAUGUGCCUGACAGAUGA